AUGGCUGGCAAGAAUCCAGAUUUCCUGAUCCAGGACAUGUUCGAAGCCAUUGAGAGGGGCGAGUACCCGACAUGGACUGUCUUUGCGCAGGUAAUGGAGCCCGCGCAGGCAGAGAAUUACCGCUGGAACAUCUUUGAUAUGACCAAGGUCUGGCCGCAUAAGGACUUCCCCUUGCGGGAGCUCGGAAAGCUUACCUUGAACCGCAAUCCCAACAACUACUUCACGGACAUUGAACAGGCAGCGUUCUCCCCGUCGACAAUGGUGCCUGGAAUAGCCCCGUCUGCCGAUCCAAUGCUUCAAGCUCGCAUGUUUGCCUACCCCGAUGCGGCCCGUUAUCGCCUUGGAGCCAACUAUCAGCAACUUCCGACUAACGCGGCCAAAUCCCCCGUCUACUGUCCUUUCCAGCGUGACGGCAAGAUGAAUUUCUCCGACAACUACGGCGCGGAUCCGAACUACGUCGGAUCUUCGCUGCAGACCACCAAAUUCUAUCCCCAGCUCAAAAGAAUGGCGCCGAGUACCAUCAGUACUCUGACUGAGCACGAGAAAUGGAUGGGGGAAGUCUGCACCUUCACCUCCCAAGUCACUGACGAUGACUUUGUGCAGCCUGCUGCUCUCUGGGAGGUGAUCAAGAGGGAGCCUGGCCAUGAGCAGCGAUUCUAUGGAAACGUAGCUGCGCACCUUUCCGGGGUCACCUGCGAGCGGCUGCGUAGUGAUAUAUACGGUAGGGAUCCCUCCAUUAUAUAG